GCGAGCCCCACACUUUCGAUACGGACAAUUAGCCACCAGCGAGCGCCUGCCGAAAGAGGGGUGUAAUUAGCGGGGUCCCGCAGCUCAGCAUGCCCCAUCCCAGCUCCUGCCCCCCGGGGCUCCUCGGCCUCCUGGCCCCUUGGCUGGCUCUCCUGGCGCACCUCUCCCUUUCCUCCCAAGUCGGGGACAGGCGAGCAGUCCCGGUGGAGAAACCCCCAGGUGUGAAGGGAAGGACGCUCAUUCUUCUGGAUGUGAACCCCAAGAGCCCUGUCAGGGUAACCAGUGAGAACUUCCUCUCCCUGCAGCUGGACCCCUCCAUCAUCCAUGAUGGCUGGCUCGAUUUCCUAAGCUCCAGGCGCCUGGUGACCCUGGCCCGGGGCCUGGCUCCCGCCUUCCUGCGCUUCGCGGGGAAGAGAACCGAUUUCCUGCAGUUCCAGAACCUGAAGAACCCGGCCAAGAGCCGCGGCGGCCCCGGCCCGGACUACUACCUCAAGAACUACGAGGACGACAUUGUCCGCAGCGACAUUGCCCUGGAUAAGCAGAAAGGCUGUAAGAUUGCCCAGCACCCAGACAUUAUGUUGGAACUACAGCGAGAAAAGGCAGCUCAGAUGCAUUUGGUUUUGUUAAAGGAGCAGUUUUCAAACACAUACAGCAACCUCACGUUAACAGCAGAAUAAACCACAGACACUUCAAGAAGGAGCAAGGAAUUAAUUAAAUCAAACCAGGGCUGCAGAACCCUUCCCCCCCAUUAUUGGGGAGGUGAAGGAGGCCACUCAGCUUCUUGGGUUGCUGCAGACCCCAGUGGGGAGGCUGAGGUGGGU